ACCCGUCAGUGUACUGUACGUGGAAUAGCGCUUGGGUCACCCAUAAUUUAAUAACUUUACAAGUAUUUUUUUUCAUCUGUGCCUUACUCGGAUGUUUAGCUUAGGUCUUUGGCAGUUACCGGACUGUUAUGCUCGAGAUACUGUCCAUACCGUAUGCCGGUACCGGUAUUGCCUUUUCUCCGUUUUCUUCGCCCUGCGCAAAAUUCUCCAGGCCAGCUUCCACGCCACCAUUAUCUCCAGGACUUCACCUCUCACCUUCGCCCUGCCGCGAUGUAACGUGUCAACAAGGGGGGUGAGGACGGUGCAUCGGAUGCCCAUAUCUAGACGGGUUCCACACCAACUCACGGUUCUCAUUUGUCUUGAACUGCUGGAGAUGCCGGUACUGGUCUUCGAUCUUGGACAUGAGAAAGCCUCACAGAGCGAGGGUUCCAAGAAAAGUAAAGUAUGGGCUGCGUAGAGCAGUUUCUACUGGUGGAAUGAAAAUGGUUGAACCCCGCUAUCUAUCAUAACUUACCACCCCGCUAUCUAUCAUAACUUACCACCCCGCUGGAAACUACAGACUGCACACUGGUAGGCUUGGGUGGGUCGGUCUUGGCGGCUGUAAACGACAUCUUUUUGUCCUGACACGGGCCUGAUAUAUGGCGCCGGUGUCGGGCCUUGCCCCCGCCCUUAAUUCCUUUGAUCUGCCCUCCAUAUCUUUUUCAUCCCUCGCUAACUGAUAGAAGCGCCUCUGGCCCGAGAGAGAUGGAGUACGGCGAAAUUGAGAGCUUGUUUGUUCACAUCCCCCCUGAGCCAAAGAAUGAGUACGGGAGGAAUAGGGUGGUUACUAGACCUUUGUUUUUCGACCGGGUGAAUGAGGGGUUCCCAAUUACAUCCGCGACACCAUUGCUCCGGCUCCCGAUCGAGCUGUUGAAUGACAUAACGACCUACCUGGAGACCGAGGAUCUUAAAUCACUAGCACUAGUGGAUCGCGAUUGCAGGCAGCUGGCUAGGUAUCACUUACUGGUUUGUCGUCCGCUAAGUUGUAUAGCUGUCCUAACAAACGAACGGCAGGUCGGUCCAAUUCUGUACAGUAACUUUGGAUUACAGUUCCAGAAAACACUCGCUCAUAGAGGCCCUGCACGAAGAAGCCCAGGAGCGCUCCAUCAACAAUGGUUGUCUACCACGGCCUUCAAUCGGCGCUUGCGUCCGCCGCUUUAUUGUGGCGACAGAACCCGGACACCUCUCGGAAGCGCACAAUGUCACCGAGCGGCCUGAUUCGGAGCACCUCCGCGAGGUUUGGGAUAGGUACUUUGGUGUUUACACUGUGCAAAUUGCAUCAGCCAUUGCAGGUGCCCUGCCGAAUCUCGAGGAAUUGAGUCUGCAGGAUAGAACUGUUGCCCCAGAGCAUCUGCUCGGGGCUAUCCCGGCAUCACCGAUCCGGACUCUGAAGCUGGGCAAAACUGCUCUAGCAGUUGACGACCCGAUCUCCAUCCCAUCGGAAGGCGCGAGGUGGGGUAUUAGAUCUUUGGAGCUGGAGGUCAUUCGGGAUCUGAACUCCCCGUCAUCUCUGUGCACUGCGAAUUUUUGUAGGAGUGUUCUAGAAGCUACAUCCCAGAAUUUGGAGCGGUUAGUCUGGCGUGGGCACUUUAGAGACCAACAAAGUUUUGGGAAACCCAUCAACUUUCCGAAACUACGGACCUUGUGCUUAAGUUUGCUAAGCAUAUCCGACGACACAGUCCUGAGCUCUUUCUUCCCUUCCGGCGACACCUCUGCCCUCCGGGCGCUCAGCAUCGACACCGGGACUGAACGCGUCCGUACCUUCCUCUCUGCCCUCGGCACAAUAAAAACACUACAAUCGCUCCAUUACCACUCCUUCGCUAUCGCCAAAGACCCGGACGUCUCCUUCAUUGCUUCAAACCCUCAACUAAAGUCUCUUGCACUCUCCCCGUACACAAAUGAAUACCUAACUACGACCCUCCUUCCAAGCCUCGCAAAGUUCACAUCCCUAACCUCCCUCUCCCUGGUAUUUGAAUAUCCAUCUAUCGACUCCUCUGCAUUGACUUAUAUCAGCAAGAUAAAAUCUCUAACCCAGCUCUGGCUCAGUGCUGGAAAACAAAGUAGCUGGGCCGUUGACUGGGAGAUUGACCAUGACACACUGCUCACUAUGCUCUCCCCAUUGCAAGGAUUGCGAAGGAUGGCAUUUACAAGGGAUACGUAUAGAUCGAAAGACGGGGUUCCGCCAAUUGAGUAUUAUUACGAAUACCGAGUAUUGCCAACGGAGGCUCCACUGCCGGAGUUAGGCGAGGAUGGGCUCGAUGCAGUAUGGGAGGAGUGGCAUAGAAAUAGGAUGGUCAAUGUUGCCAGAAGAUAUUUCGGCGCUUUUAAGCGGCUGAAGUGGUUGCUUGUCGGGAAGUAUCCAAUAGGUGUGAUGGAUGGGGAACCGGUUGUAGAGAGUGGGUCUAGAGAUGAAUGUGAAGGGGUGUUGCGAAGGUGGUGGGGAUUGGACUUGUAAUCUACUGGACUGGUGGGGUGGACGGUGCGAUUCCGGCGGAGGCAUGAUUGGGAUGAACUUGUGGCGGUUAGUGCGGAUGUCUUUCGUUCUGCUCUUACGACGUUGCCGAAGCCUUUAUGAUAUAUGGUUUUACUAGCACUUGAAAUAAAUGAUCACGAAAUCGUA